AAAGGGCUAUUGCAAGACAUGAAGUCCGAGAAAUUGAGCAGCGACAUACAAUGGAUGGCCCUCGGCAAGAUGCAGCUUUAGAUGAGGAGGAGGAUAUGGUGAUCAUUUAUAACAGAGUUCCCAAAACUGCAAGCACUUCAUUUACCAAUAUCGCCUAUGACUUGUGUGCAAAGAAUAAAUACCAUGUUCUUCACAUCAAUACUACCAAAAAUAAUCCAGUGAUGUCACUGCAGGAUCAGGUACGCUUUGUAAAGAAUAUAACUUCCUGGAAAGAGAUGAAACCAGGGUUUUAUCAUGGACACAUUUCUUAUUUGGAUUUUACAAAAUUUGGUGUGAAGAAGAAGCCAAUUUACAUUAAUGUCAUAAGGGAUCCUAUUGAGAGGCUAGUUUCUUACUAUUACUUUCUGAGAUUUGGAGAUGAUUAUCGACCAGGGUUAAGGAGACGAAAACAAGGAGACAAAAAGACCUUUGAUGAAUGUGUAGCUGAGGGCGGCUCAGACUGUGCACCAGAGAAGCUCUGGCUUCAAAUUCCCUUCUUCUGUGGCCACAGCUCAGAAUGCUGGAAUGUGGGAAGCCGGUGGGCUAUGGAUCAAGCCAAGUAUAACCUAAUUAAUGAAUACUUUCUGGUGGGAGUUACUGAAGAGCUUGAAGAUUUUAUCAUGUUGUUGGAGGCAGCUUUGCCCCGGUUUUUCAGGGGUGCUACAGAACUCUAUCGUACAGGAAAGAAAUCUCAUCUUAGGAAAACCACAGAGAAGAAACUCCCCACUAAACAAACCAUUGCAAAACUACAGCAGUCUGACAUUUGGAAAAUGGAGAAUGAGUUCUAUGAAUUUGCACUAGAGCAGUUCCAAUUCAUCAGAGCGCAUGCUGUUCGAGAAAAAGAUGGAGACCUCUACAUCCUCGCACAAAACUUUUUCUAUGAAAAGAUUUAUCCUAAAUCGAACUGAGUACAAGAUAUGACAGUUAGAUUCUUGAACUAAACCUUUGACCCUGUCUUCACCUUCCUUGUCAGCUCCAGAGCCUGGGUCGCUGAUAGGUGUAUAAGACAAUUGUAUUUGAGCCAAGUUAGGACACAGACAGUAAUGUCAAGGAAGUAGAUACUGGCUGUUAUGUCAGUGUUCUAGGAAGUUUAAGUUUCAGGCAUCUUUCUUUUUUCUGGUUAAAUUUGGUGAGAGUAAUAACCUUCUACCUGGGGAAAAAACCUAUACAUCACCUACAAUAAACACGUGGCAGGUCUAAUCAAAAGGCUAAGUACAAUUUCAGAAAAGGUUCUGAUACUCUUGUUUUUGAUAAAGCAUUUUUUCAACUAACCAUAAAUGAAGAUAAAUCCAUUUGCCACUUCAGCCUUUACUGAAGAUAUGGGUUAUACUCCUCUACUGAAUAGUGUUAACAGCUGUUUAGCAGUAUGUGCUUUGUUUUUGUGAGUCAUGUCUCAUGAACUUUAUUGGAAUGUUUGAUCAUGUUUGCUAAAAAAAACUUCUGCUGUAGUUGGGUUGCCCAUAUUUAUGUAGGUGGUUUUAAUUUUUUAAAAAUGAUCGUUAGUGUUAAAAAAAAAAAAAAGAUAAAGAGUCUAAGUAUUUCUCAUUCCUUUCUCCCCAAUAUCUAAUAUUGGGAAGAUACUUCAAAGAAUGUUGAGAUUGUCUGAGGUUCUAGUUAAGACUCCCACACAUUAAUAUCAAAAAAAGUAAGUUUAGUAUUUGUUUCUCCAUGGGUUAUUUGUAAAGCUGUAAACUGAGAUAUCAGUGACUCCAUAUUAUGACUCCAUUAGUGAGCUGUGGUAUGGGUAGGAUUUUCCUACUUCUGUACUUUUACCUGUAGACUAUUUUUACUAAGGUGCUUUAUAAUGUGUUUUAAAGCAUUGCAUUUACAAAAAAAAAAAAAGGAAAAUGCUGUAAAUAUUGCAUAUUUUAUGUAUUUGGACCAAAAGAUUACACGUAAUUAGACAAAAGUGGUUUUGCACCAGUUUUAUUACAUCAAGUAAAACCAUCAGACCUAC